AUGCCCUACAACGGCAAUGACGGCCCCAACUCUGGAGGUCGUUACCCUGCUGCAGGUUAUGGCAGUCAGCACCCUCUGAGACCCAUUCCCUCUCAUUUGCAGCGCCCUCCGUUUGAGCAACCGUUCCCUAACCAGCCCAAGGCACCGAACCCGUUGGACGACCUUGUUGACACCGAGAAGGAGUAUGUUGGGGAUCUCAAGGUCCUUCUUCAGCGCGUAUCAGCAGGAUGGACUCAGGAUGACUUUCCUCCCAAAGAGGUCGACAUUCUUCUCAGGAAUAUCGAGGACAUCUACUCUGUCAACCGCAAGUUCUCAAAGAAGCUUGUUGACGUCAAAACCAGCCAAGAUGUCAUGAAGGAGCUCGGCAAUGUUUUGAUGUGGUUCGUCGACUCGAUGGAGACAGCCUACUCCAACUACUGUCGCAACCAUGUCCCCCAUUUCGACAACUGGCCCGAGAUCAUUAACAACACGCGGCUGCAGGACAUCUUGGGAGAAAUCGCCGCUGAGCAAGUCCAGCAUGUUACCCUCGACUCUUUUCUCAUGAAACCAAUCGACCGCCUGCACUACUACCGACGCCUCUACAUGAGGUUGUUGGAUUCGUCGGAGCGUGGCAAGCCCGACUUUGACGCAUUGGAGGCGGCGUUUAUGAGGAUUGAUACCAUCUUGCGCUUUGUUACAGUGGAUGUGCCAGGAACUUCCCGUCACCCAGCUUCGCCGGCGCUCUCUGGAAUCUCUAGCAUGUCUGCCAUGCGCCAUGCUCUUCCUUCGCCCCCAAUCACUACCGAGCAGACCUCACCUGGAUUUCCACCACAGCAAGGAGGAGGAGGAAACAACUACAACGGCUCUCCAGCGUUGCCUCCUUCGCCCAUGUCGCCCAACCAUCGCCCUCAACAGCAACAGCAGGCCAACAACAACAUCAUCCGUACUGCAGAGGCUAUGGUGGAGUUGGAGAGGUCGCUUGAUACAUCCCGAGUCCUAGAUCUCUUUACAAUGCAGCCCAAGGCAUGCUCCCUCUCCUUGGCAUUGAUCGAGCGCGACGUCCUCGUCCGUGGUGACUUUGCCUUCACCAUCUCAACGGACGACGCCAACGAGGAACGAUUCAACGACGGAUACAUCAUCCUCUUGACCGACCUCUUGCUCAUCUGCCGCAUCAAGACUCAGGACGAGAUCGACAACCUUCCUGAGGGCGACGAGUCCAUGUUCUGGCUCCUCUUCCCUCCUCUGGCUAUCCGACACGUUUCUGCCAAAGAUUGCUCUGUCGACGAUGAUGAGCCCAUGGUUGAACUGACGAUCGUCAACAGAGUCAAGGCACGGAUAUGGACUCUGGACGACCAGUUGAAGUUUGACUGGAUUGAAGAGGUCAACAAUGCUCAACAGCAGGAUUCCAACAAGGCCCAGCAGCAACAGCAGCAACAGCAGCACCAGCAACAGCAACAGCAGUUGAACAGGAAUCACACUCAGAAUCGUCCUAUGAGACCUAUGGGCCCUGGUUCACCGCUGUCGCCGACCUUCCAAGGUGGCCCACACAACAACGGUCCAAUGUCACCUGGAUUCCAGGGGCAGCCUGGCGGACCUAUGAGCCCUCGUCCUCGUCCCCCUAUGCUGGCCAUGGGUGGCGGUGGCGGUGGACCUAUGUCUGGUAUGCCUUCUCCUGGCUUCAGGCCCCAGAUGUCUCCUAACGGCGGAAUGGGCAGGCCCAUGAUGUCUCCAGGCGGCGGCGGACGUCCCCCACACAACCCCAACUAUCGCAUGAGUAUGCGCAGGGACAACACCGUUAUGGCAAGGCCUGGCGCCCCUCGCGGAAGAGUGGCUCCAGUGGGCGAUGUCGCAUCAGCCAAGGAGGUCAUUAUUAAGACCAGGCCUUGUGAUGUCUUCCAAUGGCGUGACGACAUCUGGGAUCCUCUGGUGGAGGACGAUGAUUGCAUCGUCGAGCUGCGCUUGACGACCGCCAAUAGGUUGGCGAUGGCAGUGACGACGUACGAGUCGAGUCAGCUGGUUCUGAACGCUUGGAUUGUUGAAUCGACCAGUUUCCGCCGAGCCUCGGAGACGGAUGUCGGUGUCUCAAUGGAUAUGGGAGCGAGUGUGCAGUGGUUCCUGGUGGCCCUCAACUCUGGACGAGAGGCCGAAGAGUUCUGCAUGGCGUUUCAGAGGACUAAGGACCGUGCGAUGUAUGAUCCCAGCUUGCAAAAGUCUGCGUCGCCUAUCCUGUCGCGUGGACAGAGUUUGGCCUCGACGGUCGUUCAGAACACUCAGGUUCGCAAAAAGGAAGUUGUGAAGCAGACGCUGACGCCAAUGUACCCUCCUUCUGAGUGCAAGCUGCUUCUCCAGGCAGGAGAUCAUGGUCAGUGGAUGAGUUUGGGAGCCUCGCGGGUCGAGAUCCGGAUGGAGAAGCCCUCGGGCCAUGUGCGGUUGUUUGUGGGUCUGAUUUCGAGUCAGAAGCGGAUCCUGGACAGUGUGAUUGUGCAGCAGGAUUGUCUCGAGUUGGUGGGACCCAAGAAGCUGGCAAUCACGCUGCAGAAUCCUCAGGAGAAGAUGAGUAUCAUCUAUAUGCUCCAGUUCAAGGACGAGGCGGUUGCCAACAAGAUAUUCGAUGGCUUGAGUCUCAACGUCAACGAGUAA